GAAUUUUGGCGAAGAGCGAGAUGGUCACCUGACGGGAGCCAUCUCCUAGCGCAAACGGAGAGCCAUCACCUUGACCUCUUUAAGCUAUCCAGCAGUAGCGACAGCGACGCUGCCGCGUCGUCGAGCUCGUCGCCCCACUCGCUCCGACACAUCCUUCGUCUUCCGUCCCCAACCCCGCUUCUCGACUACACCUGGUACCCCUUCGCGCACCCCAGCCAUCCCGCAACCUGGUGCUUCGCGUACAGCGCGCGCGAUGUUCCCCUUCGGCUGGUCGACGCCUAUACAGGAGCGACGAGGGCGACCUACGGGAUUCAAGACCACGUAGAGCGCUUUAUCGGCCCACAGGCAGUCGCCUUCACUCUCGAUGGGAUGAGCUUGCUCGCCGGACAUGGCGGGAGCAUCAGCAUCUUCGACGUUACGAGGCCUGGGGUCAACACAUGCACAACCCUUCGACUGGUGCCAAUGAAACGCGCGGUAGGCGCAGAGCUUCAGAGAGGACUCGUGUCAGCGCUGACAAUCGUACCACACUACGACGGGUCAGGCUCUGAGCUCAUCGCCGUGGCUACUUUCUCUGGCACGGUCGGCAUCUACCAGCGAGGCGGCGGCGCUCCUCCGGGACUGUGGGUUGACUCUGCCAGACAGCCCACGGUGUCAAGCAGCCUAUGCAUUGCUGGAUGGAAAGAAGGGGAGGGCGCUGGAGUGAUGCAGCUCGCUUUCCAUCCGACCACGCCCUACCUGCUCUUCGUGGCGCUACGCAAGUCGGGGAGCAUCAAAUGCUUCGAUCUCAGGUAUCUCUCGCCUGCCCCAGAUUUUACCUCGUCCGAGCCGGCAGAUGCGGCACUUGUCGCCAUCUACGAUCGCGAGGGAGUCGAGGGGCCAGACGGAGAAGACGAAGACGAUUACGAGUGGACACGUGCAACAUCCCAACGCCUCUUCUUCCACAUAGACUGGGCAGGUCGUUGGCUUUGUGCCGGCAGCACAACGGGCAGGGUGAGCGUCUGGAGCUUGACAGCCAGCGGGGACGAUGAGGGGAACCAAGGAGCAGGGCAACAUGCUGCGAGUCGAAGGAGUCAAGCACAGCUGAGACCACGAGCUCGUCGAGCUUCGUGGAAGCUAGCAGGAGACGCCAUUGCUUCAGUGAGCCUCCAUCCUCUGCUGCCCCUCGUCGUGGCUGCAAGUGGAUCUAGGAGGUGGCCGGACGAGGGCAUUGAGGACGAGGAUCAUAGCAGUAGCGACGAGAGCGCCAAGAGGACUGGCACUGCGGGCGCUCCUCGGUGGUUGGCCCAUGAUGCAGGAUUGAGCCUCUGGGAUAUAAGUGAA